CCGACGUCGGCCGAACAGGCAGCGGCCCGAGAGACCACACGGCGGCCCCUGCGUCCGUGUGUGUGUGUGUGCUCGCGCGCGCGCGCGUAUAUAUCAGAGAACGUACGUCGGUGUAUAGUGUACGCGAGAGAGUCGGUGCGCCUCUCGGCCGUGGGCACAAAUCGCGAGUAAAAUGGAAGCGGAAUUUCGCUGCGAGGUUGAGGUACGUCGUUGAAAACAGGCGAACAUGGGAAGGUCCAAGUUUCCCGGGAAGCCGCCGAAGACGGCCACCAGGAAACGGAUCAAGGUGCUGGGCCAGCCUGAGGCAGCGCAGAACGAUCCGGUAACUGUCGCCGAGAACAUCUACUACGGACUUUCCCUGUUCAACGAAACAUUCGGCGACAACGAGAAGGAACAUCCACCAUUCCACGGAUUUAGCACUAAAGAGGCUAAUCUUUCUGCAUCCUAUAUAAAAACACAGCAACACGAUGCAGAGGAGACCAGCGAUAAGUUGCCGUCUGUCACAGUCAAAAAUCUUGCACCACAGUCCAGCGCGAAGAAGGACGUUGCUGAUGUUAAAAAUUCCCCUGCAGACAUCAGAAACGGCGCAGAGAAGCUUAGCGAAGCCGCAAAUCCAAAACCAGUCGGUGACAUCACAGAACCAGUUACAAACCCGGAUGCUAAACACACUCCAAAGAUUCACAGAGCUAAAAGUCGCAAGAAUUGUAAGAACAUAAAGUUUUCGAAUUACUUGAAGAACCCGGUGCUAAAAUCAGUGAACAACAUCUUGGACCAGCAUCAGAGAACCAGACAGUUGCGUAACAGUACUGCAAAAAGAUUGCUUCAGAGGGCAAAAUCCAGCGGGAGUAACGGGCGUAGUUUGGUGGUGCAAUCUGGAGAGAAGCCUAGCUCAGUGAGGAAAUUCGUUUUACCAGUUCGCAGCGUGCACUCGUCGAGGGUUAUAAAGCCGAACAAGAGGUUCAUCGAGGAAUUGGAGGAAAUCUCUGUUACGGAGCACAGCGAGAAUGAAAUUGGCGUGCACGUUAAAAAGACUAAGUUAAAUUCGGAUAAGCUCAGCAGCUUGGAAUCAAAAUUGAAAGGGGACGCGGUUAGCAAGUUGUGUACAAAAUUUAAGGACAAAGACGCGAGGGGCAAGCCGAAAAGGGUGAUUCAAGGCGUAAACUCCAAUGCCGAGAUUAUAACUCAAUCAAUAAAGAAUACGGAGAGAUCAGCGAAUUCUGUACAAAACGCACAAAUAUCAAAAUCCACUCAUAGAGAAGUAAAGAAAUCCCAUAAUAUAUCGUGUAAGAAUAAAGUAUCAAACGGCACAUCCGACAGCUCUAAUAAUAAUCAAGAAUGCUCACAGAACUCGAGCAGGACGGCACAAACUGUGAAAUCAACAAUUCCCAGAAAUCAGAAGCAGAUUUCUAUUCCUACAAAAGUUCUUCCCGAUUCCAAUGUUCCACACUUCGAGUCUUCCAGAGUUCAGACGAGAUCGGGAACUCAAAAUGAGAUAGCGAGCGAUUUAAGUAAUCAGGCGAACCUUGAGAGUGGUGCGGGAUUAACGGAAGAUGGCUGUGCAGAAACUAAGGAUCAGCCUGAAAAUGGUAACAAGACUGUGGUUAGUACGUUGAACAGUUUUGAGGCGGAGAACAAUUUAUCUGAAAGCGAAAGCGAGCACAGCAAUCACUCGGAAGGCGAGCAAUCCGAAUUGAGCAGAAUGAAACUCAAUAGCGGCAAAGUUAUAUUGAGAAAAGCACGAUUAAAGUUGGAUAACAAGUGUUUAGCUGGAACUGAAGGACCAUUUUCAACGACGAGCACCAGUAACACUAUGGGAGGAAACACUAAUUUAGGAUUAACAGGAACUAUAAAAUGCGGUGUUUGCGGCGCAGUACGGUUUUAUCGAUUCGUGAAACAGGCGCGCAAGUUUGGCAUCCACAGUUGCGAAUCUUGCCGAAAGUUUAUAAGCAAAAUGAUCAAACAUCAGGCCUGCGCUAAAUCCUCGAGCAAUGUUCUUCCCAUUCUCAAGUGUCAUAAAGGCGACGGCCUGUGUUUAGUCCCGCCCGUAGUGAGGAGUCAACAAUGGAAUCUCAUGAGAUGCGUGUAUAAAGCCAGAUGCCCGGCGUGCUGGUUAAAAAUGUGUUUGAAAUGCUAUGACAUUCCGCCUGUCUUGAGGACAGGCUUGAACGCAUUGUUACCACCGUUAAUGAGAGAUCCUUUGAGCAUUUCUCUGCCGCUCAGUCAAGACGAGGAUGGUCAGGGGCAAAAUUUGGGCCCGUCUAAACUCAGUUGGCCCGCGGAAGACAGCUUGGAAAGAAAUUUAUUCAAGUCCGCCAUGAGUUGGCGAAAUUUCGAAAUGGGACAGAAAACGAGUUAUCAGGGCACCGGAGCGCACUUUUUCUACACAAAAUUAGAUAAAUUUGAUUCCUCGAUGAGUAUAUCGCCUAACAAAAAACGGAGGAAAAAUAACAGGAUUAAAGUAAGAAAGAAAAUUAAAAGUCCAGCGCUUGCCUCUUCGACCGGUGGCCAACAUUCGCAACCUCUUAGACAGAGACUCGAGUUGAAAGGACCGAGGGUUAAGCACGUUUGCCGAAGCGCCAGUGUCGCGCUUGGGCAACCCAUCGCAACUUUUCCCACUGCAGACGCGAAAGAAGACAACGAACACGGCAAAAACAUUCCAAAGAAGGAAACCGAAAGGACAGAGAAGAGGGACGACGUUACGAAAGACAAGGAAGUGCAGAAGCAUAAUGAAGAGAAUUUAAGUCUUGGCGUUAAUAUGACACAACAGUCUCACUCGAGAAGAGGAAAACCACAGCAGAGUGUAUCGACGUCGCAUUUUUCAGUGGUUUCUAAGGCAACUAUGGAGACUGUAUACACAGUUUCUAUAGAUUUCUGGGAGCAAUACGAUCCUUCCGAGGUCGGAGCAAAGGGUUUUGCUCUUAUCGGUUCUGAGCUGUUUCACAUACCUGCUAUUUGCUAUCUGUGCGGAAGCGCCGGUAAAGAGCCACUGAUCCACUGUCAAUGCUGUUGCGAGCCAUACCAUGCCUUCUGUUUGGAACCCAGUGAAUGGAACGCUUGUGCACAGCCAAACUGGUGUUGUCCCCGGUGUACGAUAUGUCAAUCCUGCCAUCUCAGAUCCGGCCCGAAAUUAUCCUGCAUUCGUUGUCGUCAAUCGUUUCACCAUUCAUGUCUGUCAAAGUCCGGUGUUAGCUCUAGAUUGUACAGUCCCGAUCGACCUUACGUUUGCCAGAGUUGUAUUAAGUGUAAAAGCUGCGGUAGCGAGGGUGUCAACGUUCACGUUGGUAAUUUACCUCUUUGCUCUAUGUGCUUUAAGUUAAGGCAGCAAGGAAACUAUUGUCCAUUGUGUCAGAGAUGUUACAACGAAAACGAUUUCGACACAAAGAUGAUGGAGUGUAGCGAGUGUUCCUGCUGGGUACAUGCCCGUUGCGAAGGCCUUUCCGAUGAGCGUUACCAGAUACUUAGUUACCUGCCCGAUUCGAUCGAAUUCACAUGCAGCCAAUGCUCUUCCAACUCGAAUUCCUCCAUCUGGAGGAAUGCCAUAGAGGCGGAGCUGAAGGCGGGUUUCAUCGGCGUGAUAAAAUCUCUGAGUAAAAACCGCAAGGUUUGCACGGCUCUCAAGUGGAGUCCCAGAAAGGAAUGCCUCUGCAGACCACUUUCAAGCGUGAGGAGACUCGAGUUUCCCGAGGACAAGAGCGAGACGAGCUGUGCGAAGGAAAACGAGGAAUUGGAAGAGUGCAAUGGUGACAAGUCCGCGGAUACCGACUCGAGUUCGGGCGCCAAUUACAGAGACGGUAUAAACAAGCCCGAUUCGGAGGAACAUUCGACGGACGGUCCUGGUAGAAAAGGUCUGCGACGGCUACGACAGAAAUUCCAUCUAAGAGAAUGCUCGGUUAGGGUGAAGAACUGUAUUCCGAAGGACUCUCCAGACAGCGAGAGAAAAGACUGGGCGAAUCAGGAUUCGUUAGUUUCUUCGAACGACGUCACGGAAUGUCAUUGCUCGGAGCAACAAAUCAUCGCGAGGCCCUCCCCCACUUUAAUGUCUGUGAAACGUAAGGUGAAUGGUAACGAGUAUAAAUCACUGUCGCAAUUUUAUUGUGAUAUGGAGCAUGUAAUCAACCGGGUCGGUUUGAAAGAUCUGUUAGAAACGUAUCACGAUAUUUUGCAAGAGGUCUUUCCGUGGUUUACUCCGAAGAAUUUUAAGAGCAGCGACGAAAACGACGAUACAUUAACACCUACUAAAGACAUUGGCAAAGACACCGUUCUAACGACAAAGUUUGACGAUCCUAUCUUGGAGGCGUGGAAAGAGGAGGUGAUGAAAGCGCCGAAGGCGAUCGCAGCGAAAACGGCGAAUCUCUACAAUAUCCACGUCGAGGACAGCAGGUCGUGUUGUUUGUGCAAAGGCUUGGGCGACGGACACGAGACAAAGGAGGGCAGGCUGCUGUAUUGCGGGCAGAACGAAUGGGUGCACGCAAAUUGCGCGCUAUGGUCAAAUGAGGUGUUCGAGGAGAUCGACGGCUCACUGCAGAAUGUCCAUAGUGCCAUUUCGAGGGGUCGUUUGAUCCGCUGCUCCGAGUGCGGUAAGAAGGGCGCGAGUAUUGGAUGCUGCGCAAAGAACUGCAGCAACACCUUUCAUUUUCCGUGCGCGAGGAACGUCGGGCUCGCCUUCAAUGACGAUAAGACGGUAUUUUGCGUCUUACAUUCGAACACUCAGACUUACAAAUCCCUGCAGAACGAGAACGAGUUCAGUUUGAAGCGGCCGGUGUACGUGGAGUUGGAUCGUAAGAAAAAGAAGUUCGCCGAACCCAACAAGGUCAAGCUGAUGAUAGGUUCUUUGAUGGUUGACUGUCUGGGUACCAUCAUUCCAGAAUUUUCUGACACAGCUGAAAAGAUAAUACCAUGCGAUUACAAAUGCUCUAGACUUUACUGGUCCACAGUGAACCCUUACAAGAUAGUUAGAUAUUACAUUAGGACUUACGUGCAAGUGCAUAUGCCGGACGUCUCGUCCGACAUGGAGAAUAAUAUCACCAUCGAUCACAGUAAAGAGCAGGAGAAGGAAGAAGUGUCGAUAGACGCGCAGAGAGUCGAUUAUUUUGCUGUUAAACAGACCCUAGAUACGCUCAUUGAUAUCGUGUGCAAUAAAGAGGUCGAUGAGAAUUUAGCGGAGCAAAACAACACGGAUCUUUUACCGCCGGAACUGAAGGAGGCGAUAUUUGAGGAUUUGCCGCACGAUCUGUUAGAUGGAAUCUCCAUGCAGGACAUUUUUCCGAAGAUGUCGUACGAAGAUUUUUUAGCCAUGGAUCUGAAGAACGACAGUUCUUUCAGUACAGAUUUGUUUAAGGAUGACAUGCUGUCGUCGGAAGUCGAAGAGACGAUAAAGCCGUCGGAGAGCAAAAUUUCGAAAAUGGAUUCGUCUUUACUGGAACUGGGAACGCACAACGAUCUCUGGGUGCGAUUGGAGGCGAAGACCGCGAUGCAGGACCUCAUGGACGAUCUGUUUAACUCGAAAAGCCAGAAACGCGCUGGUAGAGAGUUGAAACGCUCCAAAUCCGAGGUGAUGUCGAACAAUCCGCUGAUCGUCGGCGGUCAGAGGCAUCAUCAGCGCUCUUGCAGCCUCACCUGGAGCUGCAAGCUAGACAACACCUAUGGUUCUAACAUAAAGAGACGAAAAUUGCCUCGAAAUCCAUCCAGCACCAAGUCUAACGAGACUGGUCUCAUCGUCUCUCUCGAUGCGCAAAAUGAACGCACGUCUAUGUUCCACGAAUUGAGAAUCCCGGAGAGUAUCAUGGUUACCGUCGGAAGAGGGAACACGCCUAAUAUACUAUCCGACUCGGUGCGCGAGUUGAAGUACUGCAUCGAGGAUUCCGCUGGACUGAAUCGUCGUGUGUUGCCAGCCAGGGAUGACGCGAAAGAACACAAGAGGCUGUUCUGGCAUCCGAGACAGCAGCAGCCGCGAAUAGUGCAGGUCGACGGGUCGGCUGACGCUAAUAGCGCCAGCGAGUGCAGUUCACCGGAGUACAACACGGAGGAGAAAAACGCGAACCAGCAAACGUCCGAAUCGUUAUCGAUCCCGCAAUUGGAUGGUAUUAACGACGAGCACUCGUCUGACGCGGGCGAGCCGAACACGGAGAAGGAGCUUAGCUUGUACGCGCGAUCUUCAAAUCUUUUGCAUUCGAAACGUAUCUUUAUUAGGUCGCACGUAUCAAGCGGCGCGUGUGACAAGUCGCAAAAGACGAAGAGUAGAGGAGGCAAUUUUAUAACCGUACCAACCGCCAGGUGUACCUUGCACAAGGCGGAAAUUUUGUUCAAGGAGAAGAAUCUCAAGGUGAAUCUGCAGAUCCCACAAGUGGACGGCGCAGGCGAUAUCUCGAGCGACGACGAGUGCGUCUCGUCGCAACACAUAAUGGCGCAUGAGAGGCUGACUCACACGUCGUACGAGUCGUCACCGUUCGAGCACAUCGACGUUACCUGCAAGAGGUGCGGUCGCACGUACCGUAACGAGGAAAGUUACAAUCGUCACCUGGACAAUUGCGACGCUAUGAUUACCAGCGAUAGCGACUCGGAGACCAUGGAUAACAAGCUGGCGUCGCCAGAGUCGGGAUUUUCGGCGAAUAUGGGCUCUCCGCAGUUCAUCACGCUCUCGCCGUCCGAAGGCCACACCCUGACGACCGAUUACACGGAUAUCCAGGCGACAUCGCCCAUCGAGGCGUCCGUGGCGUCACCCCAUCCGAGUAUCCAGAUCGAACCUAUCGCCCAGGCGAUCAUCACACCGCAGAUCCAUGCGACGCACGCCACCGUCGAGACCGUGCACCAGACAGUAUUAACGUCCAACGAUGUGAUCGUACAGACUCAGUACACUCGCAGGACCACCACCCUGCCGAACCCAGCAGUAUUACCUCCUCAGGAAAGCACGGUGCAGAUAACGGAGAUCACAGACCCGCCGUCCGUCUCCAACGAUUCCAACGUUACGGCGCAGGGCAUGGUGAACACGCCCAUGAACUCACCGGACAGCACGAGCUCGCAGACCGUCCCAAGCCCGGAGAUGUCGCCCAAUUUCUCGUCCACGGGCAUGCAGACCGCGCACGAAUCCGCGCAGAUGAACGCACAGGUCGCCCGAGUCUCUUCCAAGUCGAAGAAUUCACGGGUGGCCAAACCUAAGACCAAGAGCGUCAAAUUGCAGCAACAGCAGCAGCAGCAGCAGCAGCAGCAGCAGCAGCAUCUUCUAAAGAACAUGAUGCACGCGCCGCACAACGUCGCGCACAAUGCCAGAUUCCAACCGGCGGCGAUGACGAACAGCCCGCCGGUGAUUCUGCAUCAGGCCGCCCAGAGACCGCCCACGGUGAUCCUUCAGCAAGUGGCACCGCCAGGCAUCAUGUCCGCUUACGUGGAGGCGCUGCAGCAGCAAUCCGGCCAAAACUUACAGUAUAUCACGACGAUAGGCGGUGGACAACACGAGACAGGCUUCAAGCCGCAGCUGAUCGCCGCGAAUCCCUUGGUACCGGGCACUUAUAUACAAGCACCGUCCACCGACAAUCUACUAGCGCUGCAGAACGGUGGUAUAUCGAUAUUGCCGAGCGUGCAAAUCGCGCAAACGCAGCCUACAGUAUUGGGCACUAUCAUACAACAGCAACCCAGUGCGAUCCAAUGUGGCGUUAUAUCGUCGGAGCAACUUCUGCUGAGCUCCACUCCUACCUUGGAGAUGUUCACUGAUCCAACUGGUGGUAUGUUCGUGUCGAAUCAACCGAUGUACUACGGGUUGGAGACAAUUGUCAGCAACACCGUCAUGUCGUCCAGUCAGUUCAUGGCGGGCACCGUACCACAGGUGUUGGCCAGCAGCUACCAGACGACAACCCAGGUGUUUCAGGCGUCCAAACUGAUGGAGCCCAUCGUGGAUGUACAGGCUGUGCCGGGCGUACCCACCGUGACGACGAUGCAGAAUGUAUCGAGCAUGCCGAGCAUGUCUGGUGUACCCAACAUAGCUGGCGUGCCCAACAUAGCGAGCGUGCAAGGCGUGAGUGGUAUGCCCAACGUGUCCGGAGUGCCUUACGUGGUGGUGAACCAGUCGGCGCCGCCGCUGCCACCGGUGCCAACGGCAGCUCCGGCACCAGUGCCAACACCAGCACCAGUACCAGUACCAGCACCAGCGUUGUUAUCGGCAUCGGUACCAGCACCAGUAUCAAUGUCGCCGCCAACGCUAUCAGUGGAACCAAUCACGACGCCGUCGCAGAUCAACAUUUCCGCCACGUCCCACGAGCGAAUUUACGGUGGCGUCGCGUGCAGCGCCGUGUCACCGAUACCGUGUCAAAAUACGAGCAUCGAGCAUCCAAUGGCGUCGAUUCAGGUGGCGGAUGUAUGCUCGUCAAACGCGACGCCGAGGCUAUCACCGCCGGUACCACCGCCACCGUCAGCACCACCAGCGCCGCCGCCGCCGCCACCGCACGCGAUGCCGAUGAUUCCCCGUGUCGCUGUGAGACCUAGUCCGGUCAUGCACUCAGUACAGGCGAAUCACGGAGCCGCCUGGAAGAUCACCGAGCCGUUGUUCGGUGCGGAGCAACCGAUGAGCAACAGCGUGCGGCCGUACUUUGACUCGAAACACGUGUCGGAGAACACCAGCAUGAUCAACUCCAGCAUAUCAUCGUCCAAGAUACCGCCUCUAUCGAAUCAUUAUGUCACGCAGAGGAAUCUAAUUGUAAAUAAGUCGAAUCACGAUGUAAAUAGCAUGCUCAAGAGCUACAGCAGCGGUGUCGCGUUGAGUCCGAACUCUGCGAGCGCAAACGUCAAUAGCAACAGCCCGGUUGUCUCCAAUUCUAAUCCUGUGCAAAAUAAAAUUACAAUGCCGAUGAGCAACAUGCCGCCUAGUAGACCAAUGAACAGGGUACUACCGAUGCAAGCAGUGACACUGAAGCAGGAUCCGGCGAAGAAAGAUGACCUGGCGAUCGAGGAACCGACGAAGCCGGUGAUCAAACCAGCCGAGCCGGAAAUUGUGGAACCGAAGAAGGAAAUCGCCGAGCAGAUCAUGCAGUUAAAACCAGAGACCGCGCUCGACAACAUCAGCGACAGUAUCAAGCUGAAUACGGAGACUAUAGAGAAGGUGAAGGAGAAUCUCAAACUGGAGCUCGACAAGGAGAAGCUGCAAAACACGUCGUUGAAGAUAGUGCUGCAGAAACAAUUGCAGGACGGCUCUUACAAAAUCACGCGCAACAUGAAGGCGGUCACCCAAAGUAAAAAGGCACCGCAGGUGACGUCCGUGGAGAUAUUGCCGUCGAAUCAGGUGCCUCAGAUCGCGUCGCUGCAACUGCUGCCGAUCAAAACGUUCACGCUCAAGGCGAACAAGCUCGAGGACAAGGUGCAGCCUGUGGAGAACGCGAAGGUGAACAUACUCAAGGCGAAGGCGCCGCCCGUAGCUGUCAAGAAACCCAGAAUAGUGACCAAGUCGAUCAGACCGCUGCGAAACAGUCCGCCGCAGAUUCCGCCGCAAGUGCAGAAGAACUGCUCGAAGGGACCGAUCCUGAUGUACGAGAUCAAGUCGCAGGACGGUUUCACCCAUACCGCUUCGUCCAUGACUGAAGUCUGGGCAACGGUGUACGAGGCGGUGCAGAAUGCACGCAAGGCUCACAACCUGCCCCCUCUGCCUCACAACCCCCUGUCCGAGGGUCUUGGCUUGGAGAACAACGCGGCGAUUUACCUGAUCGAGCAACUGCCGGGCGUCAACAGGUGCAGCAAGUACAAGCCGAAAUUUCACAAUCUGGCGCCGCCGAAACCCGACGAGCUGGAGAACGAGUUACCGGCGGCGUGCGCCAACGGGGCCGCACGGGCCGAGCCCUUCAAGGGCAGGAAAGUGCACGACAUGUUUAGCUGGUUGGCGUCGCAGCACAGGCCGCAUCCUAACAUAAUUACAAUAUCGGAAACGGAAUCUAGGCGAGUCGCGAGUACCAAUUUACCCAUGGCAAUGCGCUUUAGAAUACUUAAGGAAACAUCAAAAACAUCUGUCGGUGUGUAUUAUUCCCACAUACAUGGUAGAGGACUGUUUUGUUUGAGAGACAUCGAGCCUGGUGAGAUGGUCAUUGAAUACGCCGGUGAAGUUAUUCGAUCUUCCUUGACCGACAAGAGAGAAAAGUACUACGACAGCAAGAACAUAGGCUGCUACAUGUUUAAAAUCGACGAUCAUCUAGUUGUUGACGCUACUAUGAAAGGGAAUGCAGCUAGAUUUAUCAAUCAUUCGUGCGAGCCAAACUGCUACUCGCGAGUGGUAGACAUUCUAGGUAAGAAACACAUACUGAUUUUUGCUCUUCGUCGCAUCAUUCAAGGGGAGGAGUUGACGUACGACUACAAAUUCCCAUUCGAGGAUAUCAAGAUCCCGUGUACUUGCGGUUCCCGCAAAUGUCGUAAAUACCUCAACUGAGACUGCGUAUAUACAGCUUAUCCUAAGCAGCCGACCGAUGACAAAGAAAUAAGAUAUGUGCUAUAAUUGCGCGCGCGCUUUCGAAUAGGAUUCGUUUUAUUGAAUGUUAUUCAUUUUACUCAUCAUCAAACUAUUUUCAGAGAUUGCAGCUUUUUAUUACUAUAAAAGAACAUAGAUUAUACAUUUUAAAUAUUAGAAGGCCAGACGUAAUUCGCGAAGCACGGCGAUUACGACGAUGUUACUUUAGACAGCUACGUUCCUGUAGUUGAUUUAACGGGGGGGUAUAUAUACACGUAUACCUAUAGCAAUAAAAUCAUUCGAGUAUGUCCCGCUUUCGUAUCCGACAAAGUCGUGCGCUUUACUAACGCGCUUCAGACUUUUGAAAGUGUUACUUUAUUCACGCCUGUGCUUUCUCGCACGACUUUUAGACUCUACCUAUUAUCUACUAUUGAGGCUUAAGUGUACAAGUUAUCUUACACUUUACACUAAAUGCGAGUGCUCUUUAGUUCGCAUAAUUCCCGUGCAUCCUUCACGAUAUGGACCUCUCGAUGCUUUAAUCGUUUGAAAACCAGAAAACCAACUUCUUCUUUUUAAAUGGACGUAUCGGUGAAAAUGGUAAAUGGUUCCGCUGGAUGAUGAAAGAGCAGCGGGUUUUUGACGAUGAUCGCGACUUUCAGAAAGCUAUUUAUGUCUCUUUAAAGUUUUGUAAAAUAAAAAUGACAAACAAUAAUUGUGUACAAAUGGCUACGAAACGCGUGAACGUAAAAAACGCGAUAAUUAUAUAUUUAAAUGAUUUGUGUAAAUUUUAAAUUUAGUGUACAGUGUAUGACUAACUUCGUGACAUUUCAUGUCUGCUGUAGGGCCAGAUUUCAAAUGUUUUUGUAAAAUAUGUAAUUGUUAGACUAGAUAUAUCGUCUUUGAUGUAAGUAAACAGCAACAGUUUUAACUUAAGUUAGGAAUGUAGGCAUUAAGGAGAGAGAUAGAGAAUGGCAAGCGAGAACAGUCUCCUGUAGCGGGAUAUUGUUCGAAGGUGUACCUACUUUGGCAGACAUUGAUACGACUUUGUGUUUGAUUAUUUACGUGGCAUCAUUGUCGAGAGGAUUUGUCUUUCUCAGAUCAAGCUAUUUAUUCGUAUGUAAAAAUUAAGCGAGUUCGAUUUAUUUGCCUUUUUAUUUUUUUUUGUGUAUUUUAUAGACGUCGCAUCUGUAUUUGUGCUUCCACCUUGCCAACAUCAUCGAAUUUAUUAUCCGAAAUCUAUUUUAUCUGAAUGAUACGACAUUUUAUUCGACGACCACUUAAUAGAAUCGCUAACGGUUUCAAUGAUCAUUUUUAAAAGAGUUUCUAUUUGAAAACAAUGACUUUAUUCGUUCAGACCGAUGAGGAUUUAUGCAUUGUUUGAGAUAAACGUCUCCGGGUACGUUUUCGGGGAACGUUUGUGAUAUUUUCCCAUAAUGGGAAAUAUAUUAGAGAUGCUUUUAUAGGAAUAUAUAUUUUACAUUUUUACGGAUAUAUAUACAUGUAUACAUAUAUAUAUACCAUGUAUUCCGUACCAAUAUCCUUCUGUGAAGUCCAGUUUUGCCUUACUUUUACAUGUACCUACGCUUUCACCCGGUGAUAGAUUUAGAUAUAUAUUUACGCAAAUGAUAUUUUAUAUUCGAAACUAACACAACCGCAACGGCGUGGCACGGCGCCCUCUGAUACGACUACGACAACGUAUUUUAGCGCGAUUAAUCAAUUUCUGCCGAGGUGGUAGUCCCUUAAAUUUUUGGUGCUCCAUGGACACCGUUAAGUGCACUUUUCAUGAAAAAAUGGCCUAGAGUAAGAGAUAGUAAGAUUGCUGUGCGGAAGUGUUUGAUAAUAAUAAGAAAUGCGUUAUACGAAGAAUAUUGAUCGUGAAUUAUUUAAAGAGGUAAUAUAAUGGGGUGAAAUGGUGGCAGGAGCGCAUUAUUUGAGCACGCGAAUAAUGUCAGACGUGCUGCGAUUUUAAUCGGCCUGGUUUGGUACAAAGCGCGUACGCUGAGUUGUAAAAAGUUAUGAAAAACGAGGGAAAACGGAAACCUGUUCUGGUCACGUGAAAUUGCCAUUUUUUAGAUAUUUUGUGAAUCUUUUUUUUAAUAUAAUUACCGAUAUAAUUAAUAACUAUAAUUAUAUUCGAGGAUGAAUAUUGUUAAUAUAAUGAUAAUUAAUUUUAAUCUGUACAUGAAAAGUAAUACGACUAGUAAGGAUGGUAACUUACUUGAAAAUAUAACAAUGUUAGAUAUUUUAUUGAUAUUUAUUGAUUAUGAACGAGACGGUAUUAGGGUUGACGAAAAAGUACUAACGUAAAAAAAAAAGGAACGAUUUAGAAUCGGUGCACAUAUAUGGUAGUCACAUUGAUUGACGCGGAUAUAUACAAGGAUCAAAUCCUUUCUUUUCUUUCUAGCAAGCAAGCAAGCGUGUAUCUUCGAUUCGAUUACAGAGCCUCCUGGAUCGUUACGCUACGAACGUCAGAAUUAAUUUGGGCUUUACAAAGUGUAUACUCCGUAGGCAUUGCAUACCAUGUAAUCCGAUUUUUACAUCGCUAUGUAUUAUGAUUGUAAGCUGUAAGCUAUCCAUUAUCGUCCGAUUUCAUUUUUACACUCGCGAAUAGGCUUCAAUUCUCGGUACAUCGUUCUCUUCUCAUUAUUCGUUAUCACUGACGACUUUUGUAAAGUACCCACGCGAGUACUUCGGUAAAAAGGUAACAGUUUGAGCGUGCGCUUGUAGCUGGACACAAAAAGCGAGAGAGAGAGAGAGGGGGAGAGAGAGAGAGAGAGAGAGAGAGAGAGAGAGAGAGAGAGAGAGAGAGAGAGAGAGAGAGAUUUUUACUUGUCUCCCGAUAAUCCUUGCCUGUUGAAUACGGACGAAUAUCUAUCGGGUGCUUUCUGGAACAUACUCUGUGUCUUUUUGAACUACUCUUUAAACUGCGUGGAAAGGGCGUACGACCCACCUUAGUAUUACGCAUACAGCCUUCAUUAUUAUUAUUAUCGCUAUUAAUUAUAAUCUAUACACACAUAUAAAAAAAAGAAGGGGAAAGAAAGAGAAAGCAUACAUCACUACUCAAGUCACUCGUAUAUUUGGGCACACUUAAGCACAGUUUGUUUACUACACCCAUCAGCACCUUUCAAAAAUAACGCUGCGUGUAAAAAAAAGAAAAAAAAGGCGACGAACAAACAUCCGAAGAACGGUACGACGAAUAAACGUGUAGUCUAACAAUAAUUAAAGCAAAAAAAUCAUACUAUAAUGUAUAGAUGUAAUAGGUAGAUCGUUUCUCUCCAACUUUUACGCAUGUUUUACCUCUCGACAAACGGACUCGCUCCGAACGGCGAUUCGUACGGAUGAUCGCGCUGUCUCAGCGUUGCGUUUGAAAUUGCGAGUGAUUAAGUUAUUUCGCGGAAACGACGAGCUCGCGGUAUUACCGCGUUCUCGGGACGCGACGCGGUUUCGGCGCAUCGUCACGCUAAUUGCGAUCUCUUCACAACCAGGAAUUUCGUCUCAUCGCGCACUUUAGAUCUACUUCUUUUUUUCUCGAGAGAAGGAUAAGCUGAGAGGAUGAAAAUAUUAUUCUCACGAUUCUAAGGGAUUAGAGGAGAAGGAGGAUGAAACAAAAUCGAUAAAAUGUAAAACGCUUCUUAAGGACGUGUAUAAAAACUACUAUUCUAACGUUUAAACAGAGUGUAGAAUUUUGAAAUAUUGUACUUGUUUAAAAAGAAAAGUAAGAGGGAAGGAUGAACAACAAUCGAUAAACUCGGUACGACGGUGCGAAAGGGAAAAAGAAAAAUUGAAAAAAUUGUCUGUGAUUAUCAGUCAUAAUUAAUAAUCUUUAGGUCGACAUAUUUUUUAGAGAAUAUUUUUUAGGAAAUUACAAAAUUUAUGAUAUAUCCCUAUUAUUGAUAUGAUAUUGGAUCAGACACGCGCUAUACGCAUAAUAAUAUUAAAAGUGAAAUUGAGGAAACAAAAA